CGGACCGAUAAUCGAUGGACAUAGGGAAGAUUCGAAGUUCGUUCGAACCACAAAUCCACACAAAUCGUCCAUUGUCCAUUUUCGAGUUCCGAAAAUUACGUAUUUAACUGCUUGAUAACUUCUCAUUUUGUAAAAAUUUACGAGGAACAGAAUCAAUUAUCGUGGGUGUACAUUUUUGUACAUAACAAAACUUUCAGUUGUCUAGGCUGCGGCCCACUUGCUUCUUCCAAUUGCUCUGAACACUACGCUUUAAAGUUUAAACGCUAUGGUUGGGUUGAUCCAUUAUUGUCCCGAAUGCUUACAUACAGUUGCUACGUAAACGCUCCAGCCAACCCACGCCACCCCCCGAGAUGAGACAACCGGAGUAAAAACGAUGACGUAUUGAUGAUGUAUCAGAGUUGCUGGAAGCAUUUCGAAUCGUCAAAUGGACCAGUGCUAUAAAUGCUCUGUAGCGUUUGAAGCGCUAAGUGAACCGCAGCCCUAAUAUGAUUGAUGUAGACAUAGAUAUGUUUUAUAUUAUACCACCAAAUGGCGAGAUACCGCUUUAUAUCUUGGAAGAUAGUAUUUUGACUAGAUUAGAUUAUUUGAGGCUCUUAAGUGAAGGAUCUACUAAUGAAUUUGAUGGGAAAUCUGAGUAUUUAUUAGAAAAUUCUACCUAUGAUAAAAUUGGACAUUUUGUAUUACGAUUAUUAGCUUCUACAUCGUCGGAUUUGUGUAUUUAUUGGAUUGACAAGGAAUCAUUAUUAUUUAUACAUAGAUUAGAUAGUCUAUCACCUAGACGAUUACAUAAAUUAUUAAAGCAAAUUAUAUGGAAAUUACAAAUAUUUAAAGAUAAGAAAAAUGCAAUUGACACAACUCUGAUUGAUUUAUGCAAAUUUUAUUUGCAACCCUUAGUUUUUAAACAUCUGAUAUCAAACUGUCACAAUUGCAAUAAUUUUCGAUUUGAAAUGAGAUUUGAAAUAGUACCAGACUUGGUGAAAGAAAGAGAACUAGUCUUUAAUAAUGGAAAUAUUGUCACAUACUGUUCAAAUUGGAAAAGAGUACUUCAAUCAUUAUUUAGUAAUUAUAUAAUUACUGAAAUGAAUAUCAUGAAGAGGCAGUCGCAACAUAUUAUAAAACAUGAUCUUAGAUUCCACAUUUUAAAUCAGAAAAUUCAAUCCUAUCUCUUCAACAAAAAUAUUGCUCAUGGAAAAGUAACUAUUGAUAACAUAGAGGCAGAAACACAGAAAUUUCCAUUAUGUAUGCAACAUUUGCAUUCUCUAUUAAGAAGAAGACAUCGUCUCAGUCACUAUGCGCGUUUAUACUACAGCCUUUUUCUAAAAGAAAUAGGAAUGACUCUAGAAGACGCAAUUGUAUUUUGGAAGCAAGAAUAUUCUAAACCACACACUUGUACUUCAGUAUGUUCACACAAUUGGCAAUCCAAUGAAAAAAAAUUCAUAUAUAGCAUCAGACACAUGUAUGGUUUAGAAGGAUCGCGAAGAACUUACAAGACACCUGACUGCAAUCUCAUUUGUGUUGGUAUUAGUGGAGCAACAUAUGAGGGUGGUUGUCCUUUCAAGGAUUUUGAUAAGAGUACACUCAGAAAUCUUUUACAUGCUUCGUUAACUAAGGAUGAAAUUGAAAAAUUUAUAAAUAACGUAUCUGCUAAAGAUCCAGAAGUUCUUUGCACUGCAUUUCUGAAACUCGUACGCAAAGAUGAUAUUAACGAUGUUAUUAUCAAGAGUCCAAUACAAUACUAUCAAAGAAUGAUUGGUUAAUAUCAAUUCCAACUUCGUAACGAAAAAUUUAUACAAUUAAUUUAUUCUUGGCCUUUAUU